GAUGCCACUACGCCCGCUACCUGAGUUUAUAAAACCCAAGGCUAAAGCAGACAGGGCUCUCGGGAAGAGAACUAAGAAUAAAGUGACAGUAAAGAAGGGAGCGGCGUUCUGGCACUCCACGGGCCGCCACACGAGCCGGCGCCUGCUGCGUACGGUCCCGCGCCAGAUCACCAACGUGCUGCAGGCAGACCUGCUCUGGGCCAUGGGCUUCUCUGGGAGUGGCAUCAAGGUGGCAGUGUUCGACACGGGACUGAGCGAGAACCACCCGCAUUUCCGCAACUUGAAGGACCGCACAAAUUGGACCAAUGAGAAAACCCUUAACGACGGUUUGGGCCAUGGGACGUUCGUGGCCGGGGUCAUCGCUAGUUCCAAGGAGUGCCAAGGCUUCGCGCCUGAUGCCGACCUGCACAUCUUCCGAGUCUUCACCAACAAUCAGGUCUCCUACACAUCAUGGUUCCUCGAUGCCUUCAACUAUGCCAUCCUGAAGAAGAUCAACGUUUUGAACCUCAGUAUCGGUGGACCAGACUUCAUGGACCACCCGUUUGUGGAUAAAGUCUGGGAACUCACAGCCAACAAAGUCAUCAUGGUGUCUGCCAUUGGCAACGAUGGACCACUGUACGGGACACUGAACAACCCGGCCGACCAGAUGGAUGUGAUCGGGGUGGGCGGGAUCGACUUCGAGGACAAGAUCGCCAGGUUUUCGUCUCGGGGAAUGACCACCUGGGAGCUGCCGGGAGGUUACGGGAGAGUCAAGCCGGAUAUCGUCACCUAUGGCUCCGGGGUCAGAGGAUCCGGGCUCAAGAGUGGCUGCCGUACCCUGUCUGGCACCAGUGUGGCCUCACCUGUGGUGGCUGGUGCUGUCACCUUACUCGCCAGCGCGGUGAUUCAUCGUAUUCCCAUGGUGAACCCGGCGAGCAUGAAGCAGGCGCUAAUGGCCUCCGCCCGCCGCCUGCCCGGAGUGAACAUGUUCGAACAAGGCCAUGGAAAGUUGGACCUGUUGAAGGCUUACCAGGUUCUGAACAGCUACAAGCCACAGGCGAGUCUGAGCCCCAGCUACAUUGACCUGACAGAUUGUCCAUACAUGUGGCCAUACUGCACUCAACCUAUCUACUAUGGAGGCAUGCCCACCAUCGUCAAUGUGACAAUUUUGAACGGCAUGGGGGUAACAGGGAGAAUAGUGGACAAACCCAUCUGGCAGCCAUAUACACCACAGAAUGGAGACUACAUAGAGGUUGCGUUCUCUUACUCGAACGUCCUCUGGCCGUGGUCAGGCUAUCUGGCCGUGUCCAUCACUGCUGCCAAGAAGGCCGCCCAGUGGGAUGGGAUAGCACAGGGCCAGGUCACGCUCACCGUGUCCUCACCUCCGGAGGAGGGAGAAAAGGAAGAAAGAACCUCAACUGUCAAACUACCGGUUCGCGUAAAAGUAGUGCCAACUCCUCCAAGAAGUAAACGAGUCCUGUGGGACCAGUACCACAACCUGCGGUACCCUCCUGGUUACUUCCCCCGGGAUAACCUCCGCAUGAAGAACGACCCUCUGGAUUGGAAUGGCGAUCACCCUCACACCAACUUCAAGGACACAUACCAGCACCUGAGGAAUGCUGGGUACUAUGUGGAAAUACUGGGUGCUCCGCUCACGUGUUUUGAUGCCAAUCAAUAUGGAACCCUACUUAUAGUCGACAGCGAAGAGGAGUUUUUCCCAGAAGAAAUCUCCAAACUGAAGAGAGAUAUUGACAACGGGCUGUCUGUGAUCGUCAUUGCUGACUGGUACAACGUCUCUGUCAUGAAGAAGGUCAAGUUCUAUGAUGAGAACACCAGACAGUGGUGGAUGCCUGACACGGGAGGUGCGAAUGUGCCGGCGCUGAAUGACCUGAUGUACCCGUGGAACAUGGCCUUCAGCGACCAGGUGUACGAGGGAGACUUCACGCUGGGCGAUCACGAUAUGUAUUACGCAUCAGGAUCCAGCAUUGCAAAGUUCCCUGAGGAUGGAAUCAUGAUUACACAGACACUUAAGGACCAAGGUAAUGAGGUCCUGAAACAGGAGUCCCAGACUGUGGACACAGUUCCCAUCCUGGGUCUGUACCAGAUGACUGGGGAGGAGGCAGGCAGGGUUGCGCUGUACGGGGACUCCAACUGUCUGGACAACAGCCAUCUACAGAAAGACUGUUUCUGGCUUCUGGACGCACUCCUGCAGUACACAUCCCAUAACCACAUGCCUCCAGUGUUCGAGCAGCAAGGCUCGCCUUUCUCUAUCAUGAACGUGGAGCUACCAGAAAGAAUGGAAGGUAACCACCUUGCCAGGUACUCCAAGGUGCUGGAGUCCAGUCUGGCUGGCCAGACUCGCCCCUUACCUGCCUGCCCACACCUGUCCUGGGCUAAAGGGGAGCCUCUCAACAAAUCAGCACCAACAAAUCUGUAUAAGCACCAGAAGCUGUUGUCGAUUGACCUGAUGGAGCCGCCGGUACCGAACGUGGUCCGGCGCCAGCCGGGGAUACAGCACAUCGUGUCUGAUGGCGUAGGGUGGGACAUCCAACCGGGCGUACCCAGCCACCCUCACAACUCCAUACAAUCCAUGCCAGUCUUUGCUCUGGCCGGGUUGACUCUAGUGGUAGUAUUUUUUGCUGUACAUAUACAUAAAAGUAGAUCCAAACCCAAGAGGAGAAAACCCAGGUUGAAACGCCCGACGUUUAUAAACAUAGUCAAACCAGUAGUGUAGUGUAGGUGUAUUUUGUACAUAGGGAUUUUAGACAUAGCUGGAAGGGGUGUGGUUAUGUUUUAUUUAUAUUUAUGGAUGUGUAUUGUUGUUUGUUUUUUAUUGCUCCUUGCCAUGGAGCAGACAUCUACAGGAUAAUUAUUGUAGAUUUUGCCUCUACAUUUCAACUGUUCGUCUACAAUUGUUUGUACACAUGUACUACAUUGUCCUAAUUGACUUACGUAUUCCAUAACCGUGGUACAUUUUAAGUCUCAGUGUUAUUUAGGCACAUUUCUUUUCGCAGUCAUUUUCUUUGUAGAAGUUGCCUAUUAAGUUAUUCAGUGCCUUUUUAGUAGUAAUUUUUUGUGGACCUGAAGACAGGACAACACUUCUUUCCUAUGGAAAUCAUGAAGCAUUAUGUCACCCAAACAUUUGUUUAUUUGGACUUGUAAG